CGGUUGAUGUUCUCGCUAUAGUCGGCCUCCUUCACCUCAGUGCCACAUUCUCACCCGCUGGGAUUAUAAAAGCCUCCUUCGUCCUGCUUCCACUGUUUGCCUGUUGUGUUUUAUUCCAGUCUGAAUACAUUUGAAGCUAUGGCCAUGCUCAGAGCGUCGUCUUACCGCAAGCUGUUCGAGGAUGGCAGCUGGAGUCGGAGUGGAGGGUCGAGUGUGCGGUGUGCAGGGCAGUACCGGGCCUCCGUCAGGGCUGCAGCCGUUGAUGAAUGUGAAUGUGACAAGUUUGACUUUGUAGCUGCCAAGAGUUUGAACAAAGAGGGUCUGAACCAGUUCAUCCAGGAACGCAACACCAUCGCUGUCCUCAAUGACCGCCUGGUCAGACUUAUUGAACUGGCUCAUAGUUUUGAGGAGGAAAAUGAGUCUCUUGAAUGUCAAAUAGCUGCACUGGAGGAACAGCUCGCCAGUAGACAGACCUCCAGCAUCACUUCCACUGUAGCGGUACCUGACUACAGUCUGGAUGCAGUGGUGCAAAGACUGCGCCAGCAGAGGGAUCAGAUUCUGUCUGACUCAGAGGAACUAAAGAGAGAGCUUGAACAUCUGAAGACAGAGUAUGAAAAGGUUGCAGAGCAGAGGAUCUUCAUCCAGCAGGACCGACAAGAUGUAGCCGAGGUAGUGGACGCUGUGACAGCAGAAUGUUUGGCACUGAGGGAGCAAGUGGCAAUCUACCAGGAACAGCUGGACAACAUGGAUGCUCAGCACAAGACGGAAGUGGGGAGUCUGCUGGAGCCAGAUGAAAGAACUUUGGGAGCAACAGCUACUAGGUUUGGCAGCCCUGACAUCACCCCAGCCUUGAAUGUAAAGGAGUACUACUGCCAGCUGGCUGAGCGCCUCCAGAUCGAUUGCGGCGCAUCCUCCUCUGCUCUCGUUCGCAGAGGUGAUGGAAAGGAAGUGGAAGGAAAUGUAGCGUCAGCAGUUAAAGACCUGCCAGACAUAAAUGACGCAGGAGAGUUGAAGACACUGAUUUCAGAGCUGCAAGGGGAGCUCGCUGAGCUCGAGAAAAGUAAUGAGGAGCUGGAGGAUGAGGUAGAGAUCAAAAGGGCUGCAUACAUGGAUGAAGUUGCUGAGCUGGAGCUUACUAUAGAUGGAAUAAGGCAGCAGGAGGCUGACUUCAAAGCACAGAUGAAGGAGCAGUGUGAAGAGUAUAAGGAGCUACUGGAUGAGAAGAUGGCCAGAGACAUGGAGAUUGCUGCCUACAGGAGUCUGGUGGAGGAGGAGGAGGACAGACUGUGCUGCCUGUGACCUGCGACUGAACACUCAGACCGGCUGAAUGGAUUCUGGCUGGAUGCUCCCUGACACAAGGAUUAGAAAACAAAACAAAGAAGAAACAUUAAAAAACACUCCCCAAAUCAGCACUUUGGUGAAGCGUAAGGUACCGGUGCAGAAAUUUGAGUAGAUGUAAAGUUAUCAUGACGGAUUAAUGCCGUCUAGAAGCCUAAGCCAGCCCAUUGAUAACAGGACACUGGGAGAUGACCUGGAAACUCCAAGAAAAAUGGAGCUGUCUAAAACUAGUGGGAGGAUAGGCGGCAGAGCAGUGAGUGUGUAUCCGCUCAGCGUCUGAUGGGGACAUUUUCUUUAAAGUGGGUUUCAUCUUUAUCAGCUUGCUGAUUUAUAAACGUUUGUUCCUUCUUCGAAUGACACACAAACACAAAAGGACAAAGGGAAAUGUGCGCUCUGGGGGGACUUUCUUGCUCUGAUGCCACCUCGUCCGUCACUCAAACUUUGUCUGAUUACCAGCUCUUAACCUCUGACCCUUUCUCUGUUAUCAAACACACUGACAGCCCUCUUCCCAGUGACUAAAAGCAUCACACCUUCCCAUUGUUUUUACAGUCAUGUGUUCAUGCCGCUUUCGACAGUGGACUGUGCAGUGCACUGUUUGCUUUUCAAAUGGUUCAUGAAGUUGUUUCUUUCAAAAUGAGCACCUGGAUCUCGCUACGAGAAAACUCAGUGAUUCAUUAUGUCCCUCUUUAAAAGCCGUGUCCCAAUUUUCUUUGGUUUCAGAAAUAAGCAUUCGGUAAUUCAUUCCUUGGCUCUUUUCCUUAUUUUCUGCGCAGUAUUAAAGCUGUCUGUGAUCAAUCAUUUUCGGUCCCUGCACAAGCAUUAAAAUGUAUUGGAACUUUUAAAUUGAAUAAAACUAGUUGCUUGAGA